CCUGCUGGCCGAGCUCGAGACACAGGAACACGGAAGCAAAUGCCGAGCGCUUGCAAACUCAUCGCUUGAAUCACUGAGGAGGGUACAAGGACAUGAGCCGAGAGCUUGGGACUAUGACUUCUGCGGAUAGUUCAUAAACCGUCUUCGUAUUAUCUCUGUACGUCCACUCAGCGUUACUGUAAAUCUUACAUUAACGUUUGACGCCUUUUCAUCCAUACAGAAGGGAACAGAAUGGCAUCGAUUUUGCUCACCAGGUCUCGGACUCCGUUGCUGAAAACAUCUAGGUCAUUAAAGAACGAAUUCAGAAAAGGAAAGUUGUCAGAAGGCGUAUGCUUUAACUGCAGUGCACUGCGGUUAGCCACAAACAGCAGUCAUGGUCUUCUUGGAGGCAGCAUGUGGCCGCAUGCAUCAUCUGUCCUGUACCUUGACAGUUCAUCAGCGCUUCAGCACCGCUUGUCCAGUUCACCUCGCCUUUACUGUGCCAUCUUUGUACCUGACCCUGCCCUGCCUGUCCACACCCACUCCACAUAUCCCAGGACGCUAACCUGGCCACAGAAUACCCCAGUCCGGUGGGUACAUACCACAGGCCGUCUCCAUGAUGAUUCAAAGGUGGAGCGUUCUUUGCGUACACUGAAAGAUAAAAAUAAAAAGCUUGAAGAGGGAGGACCGGUGUACAGUCCGACAGUGGAUGCAGAACCUGUGCGACGGACAAUACGUCAACGCGUGGUUGACGAAGUGAAGCACUACUAUCACGGGUUCCGCUUAUUGUGGAUAGACACGACCAUCGCUGUGCGGAUGCUCUGGAGGGUGCUAAACGGACACAUUCUGUCACGCCGAGAGAGGAGACAGUUCCUGAGGACGUGUGCAGAUGUCUUCCGGCUUGUGCCCUUUUUGGUCUUCAUCAUCGUUCCAUUUAUGGAGUUUCUGCUUCCUAUUGCAGUAAAGCUUUUCCCAAACAUGUUGCCGUCCACCUUUGAGACACAGUCCAAAAAGGAGGAAAGGCUGAAGAAGGAGCUGAGAGUGAAGUUAGAGAUGGCCAAGUUCUUGCAGGACACAAUUGAAGAGAUUGCACUAAGAAACAAAGCAGCUAAAGGCAACGUGACCGAGGAGUUCUCCACUUUCUUUCAGAAGAUUCGCGACUCAGGAGAGAGACCCAGUAAUGAGCAGAUCAUACGUUUCUCUAAGUUGUUUGAGGAUGAACUGACCUUAGAUAAUCUGACACGUCCGCAACUGGUGGCCCUGUGCAAGCUGCUGGAGCUGCAGUCCAUUGGCACCAACAAUUUCUUGCGCUUCCAGCUCAUCAUGAAACUCAGAGCCAUCCGUGCAGACGACAAGCUGAUAGCAGAGGAGGGAGUGGACAGUCUGAAUGUGAACGAGCUGCAGGCAGCAUGUCGUGUGAGAGGGAUGAGAGCUCUGGGAGUGACGGAGGAGAGACUAAGAGAGCAGCUUAAACAGUGGUUGGAGCUUCACCUCAAUCAACACAUCCCCACAUCUCUGCUGCUGCUGUCCCGAGCCAUGUUCCUGCCAGACACACUGUCCCCUGCAGACCAGCUUAAAACCACACUACAGAACCUGCCAGAGAUCAUGGCUAAAGAAGCGCAGAUGAAGGUGGCAGAGCUGGACUUCUCUAAAGUGGAUAACAAGACCAAGCUGGAGGCCACGCUACAGGAAGAGGCAGCCAUCCGAGAGGAAAACAGAGAGCGGGAGCUGGAGAGACUGGCUGAUGCUGCAGAGAAAGCGAAGGAACUGGCUGCACAGGAGGGUGAGAUGGUGGCGUCGGAAGCAGAACGACGUGUGGAUGCAGAACAUGCCCUCUCCAAUGUAGACGUGGCCAUCCAUUCAGAAACACUACGAGAUACUGCACCAGUGCUGGAGGGUAUUAAGGGGGAGGAAAUCACUAAAGAGGAGAUUGACAUGCUGAAUGAUGCCUGCACCAAACUGAAGGAGCAGAAGAAUCUCCUCACCAAAGAGAAAGAGGAGCUGGAGGACCUAAAGGAUGAUGUGCAGGAGUACAGUGAGGACCUGGAGGAGAUAAAGCGAGAGCUAUCCAAGACGGGACAGGAGAAGGUGGUGGAGGAGUCUAAGGCAAGUCAACGUCUGUCAAAGCGCGUCAACCGCAUGAUUGGCAGAAUGGAUAAGAUCAUCACUGAGCUGGAGAAGGACAAGGUUGUGCUAGACGGACAGAUGGACAGCAGCACCACACCACCAAUUGGAUUGUUCUUUGAGAAACAUAGUGACUUGCCAAGUGUGUUCUUGUCCUACAGGGAGAAUCUGAUAAGCAUCAACGAGCUCAUUACAGUCAUGAAGCAGAUCCAGAGCAUUCCUGAAGACAAGCUGCUCAGAAUCGCAGACGCUCUCGACGAAAACAAGGAUGGCAAGAUAGACAUCGAUGAUGUCCUCAAGGUGGUAGAGCUGAUCGAUAAGGAGGACAUCGAUAUCUCCACCAACCAGGUGGCAGAGAUCAUGGUGAUGCUGCAGAAGGAGGAGAAGUUGGUGGAGAAGGAGAAAGCCAAGGAGAAGGUCGAGAAGGAGCAGGCAGCUAAACUCCAAAACUAGACUUGCUGUGUAGGGAAUAGAAAAGAUCCUGAAGCUAUUGAAGCUUUUUCAGGUUAUUAAUAUGUUAAGGAGAUUCAGAGUGAGGCUGAAACCAGUGCUGACCUCUGUUCUGUAUUCAUAUAUAUGAACAAACUUUGCUUUGUUCAACUUCGACUAUUGUGUAAUGAAUGAAUUGAGGAGAAAUUUAUUUAUUAGAAGGCAAAAGUAAUUGAGUAUGGAGUGCUGUACUGAAACCGUGGCCACGAAUUAAGUAUCAGUUCCCACAAUUUAUCAAUUUGUUACCUUGUUUUAGGUAAAUCGUGUUGUACUAAUUUGUUUCCCAUGAUUUAUUGAUUCAUUCCCUCAUUUUAGUUCAAUUGCGGCCACGAAGUAGCACAACGUGGAAUGAAUUAAUAGGUUGUGGCUACAAUUUUUUUUAUUUUUUUUCCCCUCAAAUGUCAUGUGCGGGGCACCGUAAAUUCAGAAUAUGUUCUCGAAAAGGCCCUCUUAAAGGUGGAGUGAGUGAUUUCUGCGCCACUACUGGUACAAAACAAAUUGUUUGUUUGAGCAGACUUGUUGGGCUGGACAUAAUGCCAUCGUCUCAACCAAUAGUGUGAGAUUGGGGUGGAACUAUGAGUCAUUAUUUUUGUGGCACAGAAAUUGCACACUUCAACUAUAAGAUGCAAAAAUGAAGAUUUUAAUAUUACCAUAAUAUUACACCCUGGCAGUGAUGUCAUUUCCUGAGAUCUAAGGUCAUUUCCUCUCUUUGCACAUUACACCACCUGUCACCAUCAUUCCACUGCUCAUCCAGUUUGAUUUAGUUGUUUUUUUAUUUCUUUUCAGUUCACAAUCUAUUUUCAUCAGAUUCUUGAAUGUUGGUCAGAAGAUGUUGAUAUCUCACUCAUGUUUAUUCGAUAACCAAAGAAGGUUUUUUGCAGAUGUUAUGCUUCAUGUAUACUUGUACAUACACAUUCAAGCCAACAAGCACUGCAGCUUUAUGUCACACAGCAAAUGUCUGAAGUAGUAUUGAGAUGUAUAUCUUCUGCAGCACUUGAGCUUUAUUCAUGGCAGAAGUUUUUGUACUGACUUGAAGAUGGUAGCAGAGUUAGUUUCUGAUGUGUUUUUUUUUAUUCAGCGUUUAUCUUGGAUUGAUUUCAGCAUCACAUUUACAUUGUGGCCUUAGCUUUCAAAAAUCCCUUAAAAUAAUCUCAAGGGAAUAAAUUGAGACCUGAUAUAGCUAUAAUAAUAUUUAACAGUUGCUAGUAUUUGUUGUAUGCUAACAGUAAAACUGUGACGCUUUGAGCGCUGUUGAGCGGAUUCCUAAACACCUCUGAUUGGGCAUUGUGUUCACACGCUCAUCAGCUACAAUGAUCAACGCUUCAAAACGUGUUGUAAAUAGACAUCAAUGACGCCCUUCACCAAGCGCUUACACAGAUACACACGGGAGCGUUUGAAAGCAGGCGUCUAUCAGCGGACCGGUCCGCUAAUAUAUGCCCGCUUUCAGAUUCAAACACUUCUGUGUGCUUUCAAACCGUUAUAAACGCUCCUGUGCAUUGAUAAUUGUAGCCAAUCACAGACAUAUCUAAUGAGCGUGUGAGCCCAAAGGCCAAUCAGAGGUGUUCACGAAUCCGCUCGACAGCGCUCAAAGCGUCACAUUUUUAAAAUUUCAAUAGCGACUUGUUGGUAUCGCGGUCGGUACUUUUGACAACUUUCUGUGCAUUUGCUGUCUCUGUUAGCUGUCUUGGAUUAAUGAUAGAUGGAAGAGUGUUUGUGAAUAUUUGUAUGUGUGAAAGCGUACCUGGGAACCUGAAAGGAAAAAGAUGGAGGUCAGUGCAGACAGAAUCAGGGUACAGCUCAGCCUUCCAGUCAGUAUGUGGCCUGGAUGAUGGCUUAUUCCUUACAUGGAGAGAGCAGCAGCAGUUGUUCCCAUUGCAGAGCACCUACACUAACUGGAAUGUGUCGAUCAGCACGAAACUCUCACGCUUACUGGUGGCGUGAGUCUGGUAGCGUAGUUUCACAGGGCACAUAAGGCAGGGAAUACAUCAUCCUAACCCUAAACAUGUCAUGGCGAGGGACCAGCAUGUCUAACCUCAAAGCACUGUUCCUGUGCUGUCUCAGAGUGUCUAGGUGCCUGUUUCACAUUGUGUCCCUUAAAGGGAUAGUUCACCAAAAAAAGAAAAUUUGGUCAUUAUUUGACCACCCUCAUGUCGUUCCUAACCGGUAUGAGUUUUUUAUUACGUAGAACACAAAAUGAGAUGUUUAGCAAAAUGUUCUCGCUGCUCUUUUCCAUGAGAUAAAAAAGGUCAUAAAUGUUUCUAACAACAUGAGGGAUAAUAAAUGAUGACAAUUUUUAUUUUCGGGUGAACUAUGCAGUACUUACCUAGGGGACCCUUAAUUAAAGUAACGGCAUUUAGGCCUUAAACUAUAUUCAUGAAUUAGUAUUACCAUAACGUACGAUAGGAAAAAGUCCAUGUUUUUUGUUUUUAUUGAACGAGUAUUUUAUGCUAAUGUGCAAUUGCACUAUAUUCAGAGCUUUAAUUUUCCUAUUUGGCGUGUCAAUCUAGACUCAGGAAGAUGCUUGUAAUAUCUGUUUGCACAUUGAGAUAUAUUUUGGGGAAACGCACACUUGAAUUUUUAAAGUGGUAGAUGUAUGAUGAAUAUUGUGGAAAGGUAUAAAGAUACCUUAUUUUGUUUUGUUUUGCGAUUUUUUUAAAUUGAGUUCUGUGAUUAAUUUAUAAAAGAUGGUGCAUGGUGCACAUAUAAGUGACCACAGACUGAAUGGAUUAAAGAUAUGAUGUAUCCCUGGAAACUAAUUAAUUAACUGCUUAAGCUCAUUUAAAUGGAUUAAAUAUAUUUAUUUUCCCCUUAUGAGGCCUGUACAUUCUUUCAUAGUAUUUUUUUGACCAUUCUGUAUUUUUUUAGAAGGUUCAAAACCUAAAUACUUGUUACGCUAGUUAACUUGUAGACUGAAAAAUGGGUGGAAAUGAGGGUGAUAUGUGCAAAAAGGUUAUUGAAAAUCAGUAUGACGCAAAAUAAGAAUUUUAUUUGAUUGUUCAUACUGCCUAUGUAAAUAUACCAUUUACAUACAAGUGGUUCCAAAGUCAAAUAAAAUCAAACCGAUCUCUAAGUUGUA